CAGAAAAUAAAACAUAAACAAAAACGAAUACGUAUGUACUCACAAAUCUCCUUCGGAUCGAACCUCACAAAUCUUCUCGCCGUUUACGCCAAUGGAGAAAAAGACAAGAUUUCUGUAACUGCAAUUCCAGUGUCUGAGUCGUUAAUGCGCCCUACACACCGGCGUUAGCUCAUGAAUUACGUUACUCGUUUUGGCCUUCAUCAAUAAUCCCGAAAUUAAUUCUCUCACUCUCUGACCUUUUCCUUCAGAUAUUUUUCUUUCUUUUCCAUCUCUUUCACUGUAUAACCUCAUAUUUUUCCAGUAAUUUAUGUAUUGUUUGUAUGUAUGUAUGUGUAUAGAUAUAUGCUUGCAUUAUUAUAUUAUUGACGAUUCCCUCAUUUAACACAUUUCUUUUGUCUCGAUUAUUUCUUGCUGGGUUUGAUUGAUACCUUAAUUGUGAUAGAUUUUGGAGGUGGGUUUUUUGAAUUGAAUGCAAAAGAGUUAUGGAGACAUCGAGUGGUGUGAGUCCUGAUAGUUCCAAUGAGGAUUCGUUACCUUCUUCACCAAGCAAUGGGGGAAAUUCCAGGAUACAAUUCCCUUUCCUCCGGUUCUUCCGGUCCCCUAUCUCAACCCUACUUGAACACACCGGCAUCCUUCGGGUCCGGCCCGAUCAUCCCUACUCCGAAGCCCAUCCUCUCAUAUCCGAAAAUACCAAUAAUAAUGUCCAAAUUCCUAACGAUUUAAGCUCAAUUAACAGCAAUGAUAUUACUGAUAGUGGUAAUAGCAGUAAUAAUAAUGGGGAGGUUUCGAUUCGGAUUAUUGGGGCGGGGGAGCAGGAUGGGGUUAGGGUUGUUGGAAAUGGUGAUGAGAAUGAUCAAUCGGGGUCUGGACUGGGAUUGGGCAUGGAGGAGUCUGCGUUGGGGACCGAUGAUUUUAAUGGGAAUGGAACUACCACUAAUAGUAAUGAGAAUAAUGGCAAUACUUCGUCGUAUCAGAGAUAUGAUAUACAGCAGGUGGCAAGGUGGAUUGAGCAGAUUCUUCCCUUCUCUUUGCUACUAUUGGUGGUUUUCAUCCGACAGCACUUGCAAGGAUUCUUUGCUACCAUUUGGAUUACUGCCAUCUUGUUCAAGUCUAACGACAUUGUUCGAAAGCAGACGGCUCUAAAGGCUUUUUUGCAGGGAGAGAGGAAGAUUCCUGUCCUUGUUGGUUAUUCUGUGGUCUUCAUGGUUCAUGUAUUUGGUAUCUACUGGUGGAAUCGGAAAGAUGAUCUUUUCCAUUCAUUAUUCAUGGUUCCUCCAGAGACAGUCCCGCCUUUCUGGCAUGCAAUAUUCAUCAUCCUGGUAAAUGAUACAAUGGUGCGGCAGGUUGCAAUGAUCUUGAAGUUGGUUCUUCUAAUUUAUUAUAAGAAUUGCAGGGGCCACAAUUUCCGCAGACAGGGUCAAAUGUUGACUUUGGUUGAGUACACGCUGCUGCUAUACCGUGCACUGUUACCAACUCCUGUCUGGUAUAGAUUCUUCUUGAACAAAGACUAUGGGAGCCUAUUUUCAUCGUUGACAACUGGGUUGUAUCUAACUUUCAAGCUUACGUCAAUUGUAGAGAAGGUCCAAUCCUUCUUUGCUUCCUUGAAAGCAUUGUCAAGAAAGGAAAUCCAUUAUGGGUCUUAUGCCACAUCAGAACAGGUAACUGCAGCAGGAGAUCUCUGUGCCAUAUGCCAGGAGAAGAUGCAUAUUCCAAUUUUAUUGCGGUGCAAACACAUCUUUUGUGAAGACUGUGUUUCAGAAUGGUUCGAAAGAGAAAGAACUUGCCCUUUAUGCAGGGCCCUGGUUAGACCUGCUGAUCUUCGAUCGUAUGGAGAUGGAUCAACGAGUCUUUUCUUCCAAUUGUUUUAGAAUUUCCAUUCUGUUUUCUCUCCCAAAAACUUCUAUUUCACAGUAGAAUGAGAUUACAUUUUAUUUCUCUCUUUUUCCUGGAGAGAUUUAUUUUAGAACCACCAUUUAUGAGUCUCACUCACGUAGGAUGGCAACGAAGCCGGAGUGGUUUUUUCUGGAAGCGGAUUGAAGUAUCCUUAUUUCAUCUUAUUUUCUUCCAUUUGCUUC